GCUUCUACACUUUCAAGACAACAACAUGAAGGUUCUGAUUCUCGCUGCAUUGAUCGCCGUCGUUGCCUCCCAGGGUUACCCCAAGUCACAAUACUCCAAGCCGCAGUACCCCAAGCCGCAGUACCCCAAGCCACAAUAUCCCACUCCGGCAUACCCUGCACCUUCAUACCCUACUCCGGCGUACAAAGCUCCAGCCUACCCAGCACCCGCCUAUCCUUCUCCGGCUUAUGCCAAAACUCCUGAAUACGCUCCUAUGCCAUACAACUUCAACUGGGCCGUUAAGGACGAUCCCUCUUACAACGAUUACGCUCACCAAGAGACUGCUGAUGACAAGGGUUACGUUACCGGAUCUUACCGCACUCUUCUUCCUGAUGGUCGCACUCAGAUCGUCGACUACAAAGCCGAUGACUACACUGGAUACGUCGCUGAUGUCAAAUACGACGGGGAGGCCAAGGAAUACAAGCCAGCUUACAAACCCGCUGGUUACGCAAGCCCAGCGUACCCAAACCCAUCUUACCCAAGCCCAGCUUAUUCUGCACCUAAAUAUCCAAGCCCGUCAUAUCCUAGUCCGUCCUACUCAUCCCCUAAGUAUCCAACCAAAUAUUAGAUGAGUCAGCCCAGUCAUAAACCAACUAUAAACUAAACGCGCAAACCGAAAAUACAUUCUAUCGUAACAAACAA